AUGGUUCGACCGUCGAAUCCUCGACUCAUGGCUCGCGUGUUAGACGCAGUGACGAAUCUUGGCAACACCAGAGGUUCAUCGGCUCGCGAAGUCCUCAGUUUUAUCCGGCAGAGUAACGUAUCACCCAAGAAUCUGACGCUGCAGGUGCAUCGAGCUUUAAAACAUGCGGUGAACGCCGGACUUUUACGACAUAGGAGUGGUCGUUACAAAGCAUUGGCUACUCUGAAUCCCACUUCUGUCUCUACUCCACCUGCCACCAAGGAAUCAACUAAUGGCGAUAAAAAAACUGAGGAGAAGAAAGCGAAAUCCGACGAACAAGCGCCGAUCGACAAGACGGAAGCCUCUUCUCAUCGAACACAGGAGCGCAAAAAAAGAACCAAGUCACGGAGACGAAGCAGUAGACAUCGCAGUAAUAAAAUAAGAAGGAGAUCGCGACGCUCGCCAUAUCCUAAACGAUCCAAUACGUCCAUUAAAAAUCGAAAGCGACGGCAGCGAAAGCAUAGGUACGAGAACGAGGAAUUCGAGGAUCAGUCAUCCGGACGGUACAUCUUGCACGAAAGGGACGACGAGUCAUCCGUACCAUUCAAUCGCAAAACGAAACGUUCGAGAGUAUCCAAGCGAGAGCUCGAGUCCGAUUUCUCCGAGGAGAGCGAUCGUGAAAGCGACGCGAACCGGAAACGCGUUUCCCGAUCGAGUAAACCAUUGUAUCGAGAACCGAGAUGCAAAGAAACGCGGGCGAAAUCGAGAGGCAGAUCAGCAUCGCGAGCUCGUAGUCCGCAGAUGCUGCAACGAACUGUGCAGCCACGACAGUAUCCGAUCGAGGAAGUCGGAAAUGAUAGGCAGCAAUACGAUGAAGAUCACGAGUCGACGGAGCGUGACUUGGCGCGUCGGGAAGCGCACGAGGAGGAAGAUGUCGAGGGGGCUCGCGAGCCGAAUGGCAGCAACAGCGGCAGCACCCUGGAGAAUUCGAGAGACUGAGAGAAAAAAUCGCAUCUUUUCAUUCUAUAUCUUUCUGCACUUUUUUCCCUUUCUCUUUUUCUCCGCUCAUUUCGAUAUAGUCUUUCACUACUAUUUUUUUUUAACGAUUGUAUACAUCAAUUUAUUUUGUUUUCUAUUUUCUUGUCUUGUUUUAAGUGAUAAAUUUUUUGAGCACUUUAAUCGUGUAAAGACAGCUUGAAAUAUAUACCCGCGUGUGUUCUAGAAAGUUUUAUACAUUUUAUAUAAAGUGUCCACCACCACUUUUACAACGUAUUGUUUUUCAUUAGGUUCCUCAACCAAUUUUAAAUUGAUUUUAUUUUUAUUAGAACAUCACAAACGAAGUCAUGGCAUUUAACUUUCGAUUUUGUAGCUUUAAAUUAUGUAAAUACUUGUAAAAGUAAAUUAUAUAAAUACAUUAUCAUAUAUGUUUAUAUACUAGGGACGAUGAAAUCAUUAGUAAUUUAUG